UACGUGGAACCAUUUUUCCGUUGUCCGAGUUUCCUUCCGGUAUGUUUUUGUUGUGCCACAGGUAGUAAAGUUGUUGCCGUUCAGCGACUGUUAGCGAUUGGCCGUCCGCGAGACGUCAACGCUCAUAAAGAUCUUCUCAUCAAUGGCCACACUGUGGUCAAAGAUCUCUGCUGUUCUGCCUCAUAAUGAGGAACGGUUUGCACUGCAGUUCAGCGACAAAGUGGAGUCGAGUGUGGUGGAAAUGCUGAAACGGUCCCGGCAGCAGUUGUACGGCGACGCUACGAGCACCAGCCGAAUGCUUAACGCUCAGAUCAUUUUGGAUUUUUCAUGGGAGAAACUCAACACUGGAACUUGGCGCCACGUGGACAAAGAAUGGAGGCGUGUUUAUUCUUAUGGAUGCCUGUUCAAAGUGGCUGCUCUGUGUCGUGAAGACCCGUCACCAGAUGAGGUCCUCCAGGCUGUAAGGACUUGUGACAUGGGUUUGCUCAUGGGUGCAGCCAUCAUGGAUGACAUACUUCAGGUUAUCAUUCAGAUUCUGCAGAGUGAAGUCAGAGAACGGACUAAAGACAGUGACGAUAGUGAACGUGCUGACUUCAAGAGAAUAAAGAUCGAGUGCCCACACAUCCCUGUGAUCAAAGAGGAGUUGGCAGUUCCCAGGAUCAAGUGUCCCUCUCUGGAGAGCUUCAACGCCAACUACCUGCUCCCCCUCAAACCAGUGAUUUUAGAAGGGAUCAUUGACCAUUGGCCCGCUCUAAAUGAACACCCCUGGAGCAUAGAAUAUUUAAGAUCUGUUGCUGGUUGUCGGACUGUUCCUGUGGAGGUGGGAUCCAGGUACACCGACGAGGAGUGGUCACAAACGCUGCUUACAGUCAAUGAAUUUAUUGAUCAGUACAUUUUAAAUAAGGACGGGGUAAAGUGUUUGGGUUACCUCGCUCAGCACCAGCUUUUUGAUCAGAUACCCGAGCUGAAGGAAGACAUCCGCCUCCCUGAUUAUUGCUGCCUUGGCGAAGGAGACGAAGACGAUAUUACUGUAAAUGCGUGGUUUGGCCCCGGAGGUACGGUGUCUCCUCUUCACCAAGACCCACAGCAGAACUUCCUGGCUCAGGUGGUGGGAAGCAAAUACAUUCGCCUGUAUUCCCCGGAGGACUCAGACAAGCUGUACCCUCAUCAAUCCCAACUCCUUCACAAUACCAGUCAGGUGGAGGUGGAGAAUCCAGACACAGAGCAGUUCCCAGAGUUUGCCAAGGCUCCGUAUCUUGAAUGUGUGUUACAGCCUGGAGAAGUCCUGUUCAUCCCUGUCCGACACUGGCAUUAUGUCCGAUCCCUAGAGCUCAGUUUCUCUGUCAGCUUCUGGUGGUCAUGACUGCAGAUCCAUAAUAAAAAAUAUAGAUAAUUUUGUGGAG